UUUUUAUCUGUUUAUACAAUGACAAAUUAAAAAUUGUGGACAGAGAACUUGAGGAGGUAUUUCCGGUACAAAAUGAAAUGUAUUGGCAAUCGUGGGAGAUUUUUGUAGCAAAUUAUGAUGCAUUCCGUACAAAUCUGCUAAUAAAACGUGGAAAGAAAUCAGCGCGUCUGGGUGAGUUGUAUCGUGGCGCUCAUGGGACUCAAACAACUUUGAAUAUUGAAGUGGAAUUGAAGGAACUUACUGUUUGCUAUGCAAAAGAACAAUUACCAUGUGUGAAACCAAUGGAUAAAGAAUUAAAUUCUAUUGGUGCAUCUUCUGAAGCAUUCGUCAUCAGGGCAAUAGUCCAAAACAACAACUUAUAUUACCUCUCAGGCACUGCUGAAAGUCUUAAAAAAGAACACAUUAAGAAUCUUGAGGGAACCACAGGAGAGCUUCACAAAAUCCUUUCCCAAUGCCAACACAUAACAAUUGCUUUUACAAUACAACCAUUUGAUGACACAAUUUUAACAAAUAAUUGCCUCAUUAUUAUGAAAAGCAAUUUUAAGGAGUAUUUUGGUCCUACAUUUGCAUCGCGUGCCACGUUUUACAUGACAAAGGAUAUCAAUCAUGGAUCUAUUGAGAAUUACGAAGAGAAUAGCUCUAGAAAGAAAGUCAAACUUGACUUCUCAGUGUGUGAAAGAAGUUUGUAAAUUGUAUCUGCUAUUGCAUCCCAUCCAAAAAGGAUAAUUAAAAUUCCUGCCAAAGAUAGAAACAUUAAAAUUCAUUAACUUCUGUUAUAAUAUUCUUCAAGAAUUUCAUAAAAAGUCUCAUUUCAUAAAUAUGAUGAAAAGGAAAUUUCAAAUAAAAUUAUAAAAAAUCCAAUGAAUUUACAGUAGGCGAUCAAAAAUAUACGGACACCUCUCAAAUUAAA